GGAGAGAGAGAUUGACACAUACCGAUUAACUGUUCCUUUCUCUCUCCGACAUGUCUAUAAAGAAUUGAGAGUGACCUCCUCAUCUAUCCACAUCCCAUGAUCCCAUUUAACAACAACAACAAGCCCCCUCCAUAUUUUUCAACUCAAAACCAUGGACAGCAGCAUGUUUAAACCUUCUGAAACUCCAACAGACCCCAUGGAAUUCCUCUCCCGCUCCUGGACCUCCUCCCCCCUUCAAAUCUCCAACGCCCCACCUCCACCUUCACCUCCGCCGCUCCAAGAUAUCUCCAACCCUUUCUCCUUUUCUUUUUCUGAGACCUCCCAGCUUCUCAUGGAGCGUAUCAUGUCACAGCCUCAGGAUGUAUCACCUCGUACUUCAGGAAGGCUAUCUCACAGUGGGCCUCUCAUUGGAAGUUCCAUCUCUGAUAGCCCACCACUCUCCCCUUCUGAAAUGGAUGAUCUCAAGUUGAUCAGUGAUCAUGCUAGCUGUAACAACCAGAUCAAGAGCAGCUUCGUCGCAGGAACUUCUGCAGGCGGAAGGAAGACGGUUGGAAGGUGGUUGAAGGACAGGAAAGAGAAGAAGAAGGAGGAGGUGAGAGCACAGAAUGCACAGCUUCAUGCUGCCAUCUCUGUUGCUGGUGUAGCAGCAGCCAUUGCUGCCAUAGCGGCCGCCACAGCCGCGUCGUCUGGAGCUAGAAAGGACGAGCAGAUGGGCAAGACCGACAUGGCUGUGGCUUCAGCUGCAACACUGGUGGCUGCACAGUGUGUUGAGGCAGCUGAGGCGAUGGGGGCCGAGCGCGAGCACUUGGCCUCUGUGGUCAGCUCCGCUGUCAACGUGCAGUCGCCUGGCGACAUAAUGACCUUGACAGCUGCUGCAGCUACUGCUCUGCGUGGUGCUGCCACAUUGAAGGCGAGGGCGUUGAAGGAAGUGUGGAGCAUUGCGUCUGUUAUACCCGUGGACAGGGUGAUGGGAGUGCCUAAUGGUGGCAGCAGUGGAAGAAAUGGGAGUUUGAAUGGAAGCCAUAGUGGUGAGCUUCCAGCUGAAGAGAAUUUUCUUGGCAUUUGCAGUAAGGAGUUGCUUGCUAGAGGCGGUGAGCUCUUGAAACGAACGCGAAAGGGUGAUCUUCACUGGAAGAUUGUGUCUGUGUACAUCAACAGAAUGGGUCAGGUGAUACUGAAAAUGAAGAGUAGACAUGUUGCUGGGACAGUCACAAAAAAGAAAAAGAAUGUUGUGCUGGAAGUGAUGAAGGACAUCCCGGCAUGGCCGGGGCGCCACCUCCUAGAGGGCGGUGAGGACCGGAGAUACUUCUCCUUGAAGACGGUGGCACGUGGGGUCGUUGAGUUUGAGUGCCGGAACCAAAGAGAGCAUGAUAUAUGGACUCAAGGUGUUACAAGGUUGCUUACAAUUACUUCAGAUCAGAGCAGACAGAGGAUCUAACGGUUUUGCAAUCCAGUGAUUGUGGCCUAAAAGGCUAAAAUCUUGAAGUUUGGUUUGGAAAUUGUUCUUUUUUUUAAUAAAAAUAUCUGAAGCUUCUGCCCAAUGUGAAAAAUGAAGCUAAAGUUGGUUAGUAAUGGUAAGAAGUAAAGUGGAAUUAAAGAAAGCUAGAAAACUAUGUGAUCUUGUGGAAAAGGGGUAUCUUGGAAUAGGUUUUGGUCAAAAAAAAUGCGAGACUCCCAUUUUUCCUAAAUUUUAUAUUAUUGCAUUGCAUAUAAUGUUAUUUCCCUUUAAUUAGUGUUGGGAACAUAGAUUAAGGUUUGUGAUUAGGCAACUUGGUUUGUAAUCAUUGCAUUGCAUUUGGCUUCUUGUCUUUUCUUGUAAUAGAUUAAGGUUGGUGAUUAGACAACUUGGUUUGUAAUCAUUUAUCAUUGUAUUGCAUUGGUUUGCUUCUUGUCUUAUCCUGUAAUAGAGUGGUUAGGCUUGCUCUGUUUGUAAUCAUUGUAUUACAUUUCUCUGUAAAUGAAUCCAAUAAUGCCUAACAUGGUACUUUUUUUUGUA